AUGCGAUGCAAAGAAGAGGCAAUUGGCGGACUGCUGCUCGUGGCGUCGAUUGCCACGACAGGUGUCUACGAGUCGGCUCUAGUGCGCAGUGUCCGGAGCUUCGAAGAGGGGAGAGCCGUAGCGAUUGCGCUGCCUCAGCCCCGUGUGUCCAGUAGGACGGAAGACCACCUGGUUGUAUUCUCGGGGCUGAUCACGACCGCCGUCUCGACAGACGGUACGACGGCUGGACAAGAACAUAAGAGACCGAAGAGCGACCGCGUCCCGCUCCGCGGCCAAAGCCCAGUUGUGCUGGACGGGACGUUUGGCAUUGCAGCCAAAGGUGUGCGACUUUAUCGGCAUGUGGAGAUGCUGCAGUGGGUCGAGACGUCGCACACGUCGAUGAGCAGCGCACCAGAGGACGAAGACCAGCGAUUCGACGACGAUCGAGAGCGGACGUACAUGUACGACAUGCGCUGGAGCGAAGAGCGGAUCGAUAGCAUGGCGUUCCAUGACCCGAGCUAUGCGAAUCCACCGCCGGAAGCGUGGACGUACACGUCGCUCGUCGUGACGGCAGCAGAUCUUGUCGUGGGCGAGUAUGGGCUGCCGGAGGAGCUCGUCGAUCAGAUUGCACGCCGGGAUGUCGUGCACCUGGACACUGCAAGUCGUCGGGUGAUGGCAAAUGUGCUAGAGCAGCGAAAAGGAACAGGAUGGCAACGAGCAAGUGCGUUGACGAACGUAUCCGUGACCGACGACUGCUUUUAUUUCCAGAGCGAAGAGCCCGUGCUCGGCGACCAACGCGUGCACUUUGACGUGACGCCAAACUACCCCGUGACUGUCUGUGCCAAGCAAAAAGGACGCGAGCUCGUUCCGUUCACGAGCUCUACUGGCGAAGCGCUUUUUUUGCUGAAAGACGGGAUCAUGACUGCACAUGAGCUGUUUGACAAGGCAACGCACGCAGAGGUGAGCAAGAACAGGUUCUUCAGGCUGUUUGCAGGCGUUCUGGGCUUUAUCGGUUUCCUCGUGCUGCGCAGCCCUCUGAUCGAGCGCUAUGGGUCUCUCCUCGCGGGCAUUCCGCAGCACUUGUUGGCCAGCAGUUUGAGCGCUGCGCUCACGUUUUCCGUCGUUGGCGCCACGUGGAGUCUGUACAGCCCGCUAUGGGCACUUUUGCUGUGGCUCGGGGGCUGCACGCCGCUCGUGGGUCUGUUCCUCGUGUUUCGCUCGACGCAGCCGUUAAAAGCCCAAUAA